AUGGCAGAUUUUGCAGUCCGAUCAUUUGCUGUUAGUUGCCAGUCUCAAGAAGUAGGUUUUAUGACUACUCUCGUCAAGCAGGGCGAAUGCCCGUUGGGUGUUAACGUCAAUCAAAUGAAUGGUCGUCAAUUUCAUAACUUAUGCCGUCAAAAUGGAACACUGUCAACAAUAGCUCCUAUAACUCCUGAAUUUGAAGAACAAGUUAAACAGAAUAUUCGUCAACUAUUAAUUGUUGGUCUUAUCUCAUGGGCAUGCUGUUUGCUGGAAGUUCUGGCAUGGUCACUGUCAGUAAGGAGACAAGUAUCACGCAUAAGUGUUUCACUAUUUCGAUCACUCAUACAACGCAGUAUGACAUACUUGGAUGCCAAUUCAGCUGAUGAGCUCACUGCUAAAUUAUUCGAUAAUAUACCAAAGAUUGAACUGGGUAUCGGUAUCGAGCUCUUAUUAUGUGUUGAUGUCAUAUUAUCCGCGAUUGGCAGUGUGGUAAUCUCUUUCAUCAUCAACUGGCAGCUCUCAUUAAUUCUUUUGUGCAUUUCACCUGUUAUUAUUGGUGCUUCGAUGUUUUUUUCACAACUCACAGCAAAAGAGACAGACAAUGAAUUAACAACAUAUGCCAAAGCUGGACACAUAGUUCAGGAAGUAUUUAGCUCAGUGCGAACCGUUCAUUCACUCAAUGGUAGUCGCUUUGAACAAAAAAGGUAA